AUGAGUUCAUUACUAGUCAAUCGGUGCCAUUGUUUGACUCCUUUCGGCACCGAUUCUGGCGAUUCCCAAGACAUCGAAGUGAGGAUUGCAGUUGAGCCAGGCAAUCAUGACUGCUAUUAUCAGGACGUCAAACGGGACCACAACCUCGACCUUUCCUACCAGGUGGUCGAGAUAUCGUCCCGAUUCAACUGGAUAUACACGCCCUCCCACUCCUCUGACCUCACCAUCGACUUCAUCGUCAAAGACCCCAAUGGGGUCGAGAUCUUCAGAGAAAUGCGUCGAAAAGAGGGACAACACGUCUAUAAAGCGCCAGAACAAGGAGUUUAUGCCAUUUGUUUGGACAACAGCUUCAGCACAGUGUCCGCAAAGAUAGUCAAUCUGGAGAUCUAUGUCUACUCGACGUCCGACGAGAACGACAGGUGGGGAAUGGAUGGAGACUUCACUUUCCCCCCUGAAGUCCAGUAUUUAGAUUCUGUUGAAUCGAUUAAAACAUCCAUCAACAAAGUAAGGGAUGACAUGAUUCGCGUGACUCACGAACAAGAGAUAAGGCGAGCCGUCGAGAACAGGGACCGGAAUAUCGCGGAAUCCAAUUAUGAUUACGUCAAUCGCUUCUCAAUGCUCUCAAUCGGCGUUAUGUUUAGUGUGGGAUUAGUGCAGAUCUAUCUGAUCCGUAGUCUCUUUGAGAACAAGAGUUAUGUUAAAAAGAUAUUCAAAGGCUAUUAACGUUAGCCAAAAGCCUAUUCAAUGACUCAAUACUAUUCAAAAUUAAUUCCAAAUAUAAAUAUCGAAACUAAAGUAAAAAAAGUAAAUCCAUUUGAAAUGAAUUGACGGAACUAGUCAUCACAUGCGGUCAUAAUCAAAGCCAAACACUUAUAUCCGAACCAGACGUGCCUUUAACACAGUAUCCAACGGCUGCUCAUACACUGUAUUCAAUUUUGUCAUUAGUUUAAUUAGAUUUUAUAUAUUUUUCCACUUUUUAUUUAAUAUAUUUUCAUUUAAAGUACAAUUAAAACAAUAAAAUUAAAAUUUUUCAAUUGA